AUGAGGAAAAAGAAAAGUAAUAAAGCGAAGGAAGUCAAAGAGUUAGUUAUGGAAGAUCUCAAGGAGAUUGUUGAAGAAGACAAUCAAGAAAAACAAGACAAAAACGAAGGAAAAUCAAAUGUUGUGGAAAAUUCAAUAAUGGGUCAAAUUUACAAGACGAAAUUAAAUCCAAAUGGAAUAGUGGGAAAAUACAAAGAGAUACUAGUAGCAAAGGGAUACAACCAAAGAGAUGGGAUUGACUUCCACGAUAACUUCUCUCCAGUUGCAAGAGCAGUCACGCAGUUUGACGUUAAUAAUGCCUUUCUCCACGAUGACCUGAUGAAGAUGUAUACAUGCAUCUUUCAGAAGGGCUAA